GCGGCCCUCGCGGGCAGUGGCGGCGGGCUGUGAGGCGCCCCACUGGCCGCCCUGCAGCCCUCCCGAUGGCGUCGCCGGCCUGGGGGGCCUCGCGCGGGGGCCCGGACGCGCUCCCCGCAGACUCCGCCUCACAGGAAGACGAGGACUGUGACUCCGCGGAUUGGUCCGGCUCCUCGGGCUCCUGCGCCUCGGCCAGCGGCGCCUCCGAUGAUCUGGAGCCUGAGUGGCUGGAAAGCGUGCAGAAAAAUGGAGAAUUGUUUUACUUGGAGUUGAGUGAGGGUGAAGAGGAGAGCCUCCUUCCCGAGACACCAACCGUGAACCACGUCAGGUUCAGUGAAAAUGAGAUUAUCAUUGAAGAGGAUGACUGCGAAGAAAGGAAAAAGUAUGAACCCAAGCUCAGGCGGUUUACCAAAAUCUUAAAAAGUAAAAGACUUUUACCCAAGCGCAACAAUAAAAAAAAUAGCAGUGAUAAUGGGCCAGUAUCCAUUCUAAAGCAUCAGUCCAAUCAGAAGACAGGAGUCAUUAUCCAACAGCGGUACAAAGAUGUAAGUGUUUAUGUCAACCCCAAAAAGCUCACCAUCGCAAAAGCCAAAGAGCAGCUCAGACUUCUAGAAGUGCUGGUUGGAAUCAUCCACCAGACCAAGUGGAGCUGGAGAAGAAGUGGAAAGCAGGGUGAUGGAGAAAGGCUUGUGGUCCAUGGCCUCGUGCCAGGAGGGUCUGCCAUGAAGAGUGGUCAGGUAGUCAUUGGUGAUAUCCUUGUUGCUGUGAAUGAUGUUGAUGUUACCUCCGAGAACAUAGAGAGAGUUCUGUCUUGCAUUCCUGGACCUAUGCAGGUGAAACUGACAUUUGAAAAUGCAUAUGCUGUAAAAAAGGAAGCAAACCAACCAAGAAAGAAGGCGGCACAGUCUAACACAAAUGAUUUAGUCAAACUUCUGUCGGGAGAAGAGGUCGGAAGCAUCCAGCAGAAUUUCACAGACAUGCCUCACAUCAUCAUGUACCUCACGCUGCAGCUUGACUCAGAAGCCUCGAAGGAAGAGCAGGAAAUUCUUUAUCAUUAUCCAAUGUCUGAAGCAUCUCAGAAGCUUAAAAGUGUGAGAGGAAUUUUUCUCACACUCUGUGACAUGCUGGAAAAUGUAACUGGGACACAGGUCACUAGCUCAUCCCUCCUUUUAAAUGGAAAACAAAUUCAUGUGGCUUACUUGAAAGAAUCUGACAAGUUAUUGCUAAUUGGCUUACCUGCUGAAGAAGUUCCUCUUCCUCAGCUAAGGAAUAUGAUAGAAGAUGUUGCCCAAACCUUAAAAUUUAUGUAUGGUUCUUUAGAUAGCUCCUUUUGCCAGGUUAGGAACGUUCCUCGUUUGGAUCAUUUCUUCGCCUUGUUCUUUCAACGAGCACUGCAGCCUGCGAACCCCGCUUCCUGUGCUAGUCCCAGGGCUCAGCAGUACCACACUUCCAGUGCAGCGCUUGCAGACAGCCUCCCUGGAGUCCAGUGGCUCACACUCCCACAGGAAAUCAAGAUGGAACUAGACACAGCACUAAGUGACCUGGAGGCCGCAGAUUUUGCAGAACUGUCUGAGGAUUACUAUGACAUGAGACGGCUGUAUACAAUUGUGGGGUCUUCUCUAUUUUACAAGGGUUACUUGAUAUGCAGUCAUUUGCCUAAGGAUGAUCUUGUUGAGAUCGCUGCGUACUGUCGCCACUGUGGCCUGCUGCCAUUAGCAGCAAGACAAAGGAUUGGCCAGUUGAUAGUGUGGAGGGAAGUGUUUCCUCGACACCACCUCCAGCCUCCUGCAGACUCAAGCGCUGAAGUCUUUCCGGAACCUGAAGGGAGGUACUUUUUGCUAAUUGUUGGACUGAGAUACUAUAUGUUAUGUGUGCUAUUAGAAGCUGGAGGCUGUGCAUCCAAAGCUAUUGGGAAUCCUGGCCCUGACUGUAUAUAUGUGGACCAGGUCAGAACAACUCUUCACCAGCUGGAAGGAGUAGACUCCCUCAUAGAUGAACGGCUAGCGUCUUCUCCAAGCCCCUGUUUGUCUUGUGCUGACUGGUUCCUUUCUGGAACACGUGAGAAAACUGAGAGUUUGACUACUUCCCCUAUUCUCAGCAGGCUGCAAGUUCCUUCCAGGGCAGCAGCCUCUCCAACAUGCAGAAGAACCCUUUUUGGUGACUAUUCCUUAAAGACACGUAAGCCCAGUCCCUCCCGGAGCAGUGGAGGAUCUGACAAUGGUUGUGAAGGUGGAGAGGGUGCUGGACUUAGCCCUCAUACCACACCUGAUGCAGUACGAAAGCAGAGAGACUCUCAGGGAUCUGAUGAUUCAGAAGCAAGCCGAGCCUUGCUCAAGAUCACUAAAAAGAAGUCUACUCUUCCAAAUCCAUUUCAUUUGGGAAAUUUGAAAAAGGACCCUUCCGAAAAAGAAUUGGAAAUAUAUAACAUAAUGAAAUUGACAUCUGGUCCUGAGAACACGCUUUUCCACUAUGUUGCCUUAGAAACAGUGCAAGGAAUCUUCAUUUCUCCUACCCAUGAGGAGGUGGCACAGCUCAGUGGCUCUGUCCACUCACAGCUAAUAAAGAAUUUCCACCAGUGUUGUCUUUCCAUUCGUGCAGUUUUCCAACAGACUUUGACGGAAGAGAAAAAGAAAGCACUAAAUGGUGGAGAUCGUUCCGAUUCUACAAAUUCGCCAUCUUCUCUUAACCCUGUAAAAGAAUAUGGUGUGUUAUUUGAAUGCUCACCUGAAAACUGGACAGAUCAGAAAAAAACACCACCAGUUAUGGCUUACUGGGUAGUAGGGAGACUCUUUCUUCAUCCAAAACCUCAGGAACUUUAUGUCUGCUUUCAUGACUCGGUCACAGAAAUUGCCAUUGAAAUGGCUUUUAAAUUAUUCUUUGGAUUAACUUUGUAGUUGUGUUUUUAUAAUUAAUAGCAACAUGAAUGAAGUAUGGAACAGUGUUAGAAUUGCUGAAAUGAAUACACAGAAAUAGUGUUUAGCUCAUUUUCACUGUUCAACAUUGAACAUAAUAUUGUUGGUUAUUGAGAUGAAAUGCUGUUGAACUUGAUGCAUCAAAUCUUGUGUAGUACUGUGAGACACUGGAGAAGAUACUUGAUUGAAAUAUGUAGAAGGGAGUGUUAACUUAUUGCAUUUUGUUAUAUGAUAUUAAUUUAUUGACUAGUUUGAAAUAGUGUUUCAUGUACAGUUAUAAGAGGAAAUGUUCAUUUGGGGACAACACCCAAUUUGUUGUUUAUUUUUCUCAAAACUAAUAUAUCUGGUCAAAGAAUCAUGAAACUUGGAGGAGGUGACCAGGUUCUAUAAUUAAUUAGUGCAGUGACCUCAUGCAGGUUUUUGCACCUCUGAGGUCAGAUGUUUCAUAUGUAAAUGCAUUGACCUAUACUAAGUUUUCAAAGUCCCUCUGAUGUAAAAUGUGCUACUUUCCCACCACCCCCCUUGCCUUUGGUUAAUACCUAAAUUUGUCAUGUCCAAAGUACUGAUUUCUUAAUACUUCGAGUGCUCUUCACUAGUUUAAGUAUUUGAGUGGAUACCUCACUUCAGGGGAGAGAGGAAAGAUGAAAAUUAAACUUAAUUUUUAUUUAUUUAAUUUUCUUUCCUCUUUUAGAUGUUUGUUUUGACUCAAGAUAUGUUUUUUGAAUUAUUUGCCUAUAAAUAAUUCAUUUUUAUUUUUGUUUAAGUAUAUUCAGGUAUACACACACAUUUUAUAUAGUUCACGAAAUUUAGGACAGUUAUAUGUAAAUCAUUUUGAAAACCAAAUCACGUUAAAAAAAAAAACACCGAAAAGGUUGACUGAAGAAAUCCUAUGGUGACUUCUUUUGUAAAAUGCUCACUUUUGUCUUACAAAUAUGGAUCAUUACAUAUUGGGUUUUCCAGGGGGGAACAGUUAGAUGAAUAAGAGUGUAUUUGACCUUUAAUGGGAAAAGAAAACUAAUUGGUUAAGAAUUUUCUUUGGCAUGAGAAUUUGGCAGAUUCAUGGAAAGGAAGAAUAUAAUAAAUACUGCAUUUUCCAUUGACCCAAUGGGUCCUUCGGCAGGCUCAGAUGCCCCCAAAACUUAACAAUACUGGGUUUUUUUUCUUCUGGCUUAAGUGUUGUAAGAGUUGUACCAGCCCACAUAAAAUCAGUCUCUGCAUAUCCCCUGCUUCAAACAUGAGCUCUUCAGCUUGGAACUAACUGCAAAACAUUGUGGGUGUACCAUUUAUGUCAUUGAUCUUAGAAAAAAAUUAUCUGUCAACAGUCUAAAAGAUUUUCACCUGUGCAUUUAAGUCAUAAACCCCUGCACAUUUGUCUCAUUAGUUACUUGGGGGCCUUUAUUUUGGCAUUCAAAUCAAGUUAAGAAAUCUUAGUUCUUUAAAUAAUGUAGAAAAUAGCUUGAAAUGUCCUCCCCCUUAGGAUCACAAUACUGAGCCACAUGGUAGGCUUGUGUGCUUAUGUAUGUAUUAAGGCACUUUGUGUAAAUAUAGUUAUUACAUGUCUUAAGUUUCUGGAUAUGUCCCCCCCAGUAUUAGCUAUUUAUAAUACUGGUAAUUAUUAAUAAAUGGACUAUCAAUCACCUCAGGUUUUUGACAGACUGCACCAUUACUUGAUAUUUUAACAUAAGGAACUUUCUUGGUUCAUUUAAUUAAAUUUUGAUCUGUUGAUGCUUUCCUACUAUCAAGCAAUCAUGAGUCAUCACUCAAUAACUGCACACCUGUAAUCUCAGCUGCUCGGGAGACUGAGACAGGAGGAUCUCGAGUUCAAAGCCAGCUUCAGCAAUGGCGAAAUGCUAAUAAGCAACUCAGUGAGACCCUGUCUCU